AGACUAAAGGGUCAGCUGGAGACAGUGGCUCUGUUUUUCUAGACUCUAGAUCUAGAGUACCAGAAGGCUUAGAAGAUCCUAAUGCACACAAAAUUCUAACAUGUUCUGCAUCUGGUUCAAAUGCUAUGGAAUUUGAGGUCUCCGGGCAGUGUGGUUGACUAUCUGACAAAAGUUCAUCUUCAGCUUCAGAAGUGAGUCCAGUGGAAAAGUCUGAGAGUUCCCCAUCUGAAGGCUCCAGUAAGCUGUCAUCUAGUAUGUCAUCUGUGUUGCUAUCAUCAGGUUGUCCAUUGGUGGCCACAGAACACACUGCAGAAACUGCUAUUCCAUUGCUUGAUGAGGAAGGAUCUGCAAGUGCACCAAAAGGCAAGCAGGAGAGUUUGUGUCUCUUUGUGUCUGGUUGCUCCUCCUCUUGAAACUCUUCAAAGGACCGCUUGCUCCUGGAAACUAAAUCAUUUAAGAAAGUGACUUUUAGAUUUAAACGGGUGCGGAAAGUGCUACUUGCCAUGAUGCUGCUUGCACUGAUUCUUUCUUUCUUUCCUUUUUAAAAGUAACCCUUUGCUACCAUGUUCACUCCAGACUAGAAGAAGCCAAGCAAGGGAAAUCUAUACUCAAGGCUUCCCUUCAGCCAAAGUGGUUCUCAGUUGCCUGCAAGAAAGAAAAGGACAAAAUAGAAGCUAGUUGAAGAAAUCUCAUGCUCUCCUUCCCCUGCAACUGCAUCUGUGCUAGAAGAAAUCUACUCCACUGCAAUUGCUCUUCUCCUCUGAAGACUACACUACCUAACAAAUGUCUCACUCAGAUUCAUUACAGCUGUUCUAAUAAAACAUUAUUUAACUCACAUACAAAUCAGAAAAGCUGACUAAAAAAUGAAACAAAGAAUUUUUCAUAGAGAUAGUUAAAUGGUAUGCUUUUUUAUUACACAUACUCCAAAGUUUACAUUUUAUAAAUGUAAAUUUAAGAGCCAACAUGGUCCAGUGCUAAAGAGUUGGAGAUGCUAGAUCAGAGAUGAGUUCAAAAAGAACUCUAUUUUACAAUCACCUGUAAAUAGGAAUACUAGUUAUCUACCUUUACAUGGUUCUUUGAACCCUUUGCAAAAUUAAGGUUUCAGCUUUAAGCACAUUUAUUUGAAAGUAAGUGUUAUUGCUCUCUAUGAGGAUUGCUUCCAAGUGAGGCAAAAAAACUUUGUAAGCAACUGAUCAGUCACUUUGCUCUUCCCCACUCCUGCAUUAUUGAAAUCUAAGAUACAGCUCACAUCCAGACACGAUUAUAUCUGAAUUCUGGCUUGUGAUUUGUUUGGAACUACUAAACCAAUGUUCAGCCACAACCCUAGUAGCUCUCAGUAGCACUGCAGGCGCAAGGAGGAGCAAUGUUGCCUCAUUUGUCUCCCUGUGCACUUGCAGACUGCAUUUGCACUAUUGUUUUUAUACCAGAUGUUAGCAGCCCUGAGCCCGGUCUUGGCCGGGGAGGGUGGGGUCUAAAUAAUUUUUUUUAUUAAUUUAUUAUUAUUAAAGUGCAAACAAGGCCACUGUCCAAUAACAAUCAAGUAUUUUUUUAAACAUUAAAUUGGAACAAGAAGAAAAUUCAGUCACUUUCAGAUUUGAUACUUUUACAGUUUACAAACACAUCAGGAUAACUUUUAACUGUGUUACAAAGGAACAGAGGAACCUGCCUUAAAUGACCAAUUCAGCCAGUUUGUCCCUCAAGUUCAGUAUUGUUUACUCUGGCUGGCAGAGACUCUCUAGGGAAGUCUACUUUGAGAUUUAAAGUUUCCACAGUAUGUACCAGGAAAUUUGCACCUCACCAGCUUAUGAACAAAUGAGCUACUGUUACACUAAUCUUUCAUGUUACUUUGUAUCUGUGGGCAAAACAAGAUAGCAACUCUACAGUAAAAUGAAGAUGUGCUUUAGAAUUCAUUAAAGCCUGUUUGGGCAACACAGCUCUGCUGAAUUCUGCUGUUUAGGUGAUGGGAAGUGACCAUAGUUCAGUGACAGGGCACCACCCCUUUUCUCAGCCUGGCACAGGGACCCCUUAAGGAGAGAUGGAGCAAGCUUGUCUUCUGCUGCUCCAGAGGGCAGGACCCGAACCAACUGAUUCUAACUGCAAGAAAGGAGAUUCUGACUAAACACUAAGAGCUUGUGGGUGGUGACAGCUGCUUGACAUUGGAAUGGACUGCCUGGGAAGCUGGUGGGUUUUACUUCAAUGGAGGUUUUUAAGCAGAGGUUGCGUGGCCAUCCUUGCUGAGGGUUGGACUAGAUGACCCUUGGGACCCCUGCCAACUCUACAGUUCUAUGGCCCUUUAUGGAGGGGGGGCAGCACCUGGAAAGAUGGGCUAGGGGAUAACUGGGGCGGCCGCCUUAGGCACACCAGAAGCGAAGCACGUCCUGAGCUACAAAAACAAACCCAAUUCCUGCCUCGUUUUUUGCAGUUUCUGCAAAGCGAGGGAGUCUCCCCCGCCUCCAUUCCUCGGUGCCUCCUCCUCCCCCUGCUCCCCACUACGGGUCUCCCCUGCACUUGGCCAGGCCGCCUCGCCCUCCUUCCUUUCCCAGAGCAGUGGCUCAGAGCGCCUCCUUGCACCGCAAGUACACUCCGUGGGGAGGGGAGGGAGCGGAAGCCCAGACCAGGCCCCAACCCGCUUAGUCCGACCCCUCAAACCUUCCCAAAAUAAGAGCUCUGCGUUCUACAACGUCACCCCCCAGCGGGGCCCCCUUUAUUCCCGGUGAGAGGGGGGCGGCUGCGGCGGAGGGAAAGAGCUGCUUCCCACACUUACCCGCCGCCAUCUUGACUUCCCGCAAUGAGCCGGAUGCGGCGCCUAAGCUCCCUGCCGUCGCUUCUCCGCCUCCUCUACUUUGCACAAGGCUUCAGGGUCGCCGGCCGAUUCAUCCAUCGGCCGCUCUUUCAAGCCCACUCGGAGGAGGAAUGAGUCGAGAGAGCCAGAGACGCCGCCGCAGUGGAAGCCCCGCCCCUCCCUUCCAGUCUCGGGGCGGGGCAGAGGCCACCAGGCUGGCAAGCAGAGCGCCGAGAGCGGGGAAGCUGAUGCAACGCGGAGGCAGACCCCGGCUGGCGUGUGUCAGAGAGAGAGAGAGAGGAAAGGUGAGGGAGCGGAGGGAGGGAGGGAGGGGGGCAUUGGGAGCCCCCCGGCGCCCAAGGAGGGGUAGGUGGGGGGAGGGGAGAUAACGAGGGAUGGCGUGGAAGGCCCCGAGUUAGUAUGUGGGACUCGCUGCCACCAUAUGGGCUGAUUGCUUUGAAGGGGAUUUGAAGGCGGACGACGACCCAGGGCCUGAUUUUGCUGCUUCUUUUUCCAACUCCCUCCUCAGUUCUUUUUCCUUUCUUCCCGUUUCUUUCAGAUUGCAACCCAGGGGUUAGGGCCUGCUAUCUGCCCUGGGAGACUCCCCCACCCCCCUUAGAGGAGAGCGGGAUAAAAGCACUGCUUUACAUAAUAGCAGUGAUACUAAUAAAUCAGACAAAUUCAUGGAUGAGGGUGGCAAGUGAUGGUGGCAUUUUCAGUUGUUUUAAUCGCAAAUCACCUUGAGACUGAUCGGGAUCUAUCUAUAGGCUUAAUUGACGCUUUUAAAGAACUCUUAAUAGAUUCCCGAAAUAGACUUACCCUUGCAGUAGCCAUUCUGGUUUUGCUGGGUAAUUUUAUAUUCAACAGUGCUUUCCACCAGUGAGCCCAGAACGGAAAUUUAACUAACUGGCCUGUCAUUUCCAGGAUCCCCCGCCUUGUUUGUUUUUGGUUGUUGUUUUUUAAGCAUACUUGAUUCAGGUGGGGAUCAGCAGCCUCUGCUUUACACAGGCAAUAUGUAGGAAUUCCUAGGGAUUCUCUUUUACCAAGACCACCCCAUUAAAUAAAGGGGGGGGACAUGCACAAGGAGGCUUCUGGUUCAGCUGUUAUGUGGUGUUUCUGACCCCCUUCUCUUGCCUUGUGGGGACAUGAAAUUGUAUCAGACUCUGCUGGCUUGUUCUCUUCCCCUAACCUUCUGCCAUUGGGAGAGGAGAAAUUUGGCUUGUGUUGGGAAUGCCUGGUGAGGAAGCAGGAGACCUCCUUGAUGCUUACACCUGUUUUUCUUUGAUUGCCUAACCUGCAUUUUUUUUUCCAAUUUCAGCUCAUAAGGGUGGGUGAGCAACUGCUGGCACAAUGGGGCAUGAACUGACAGCACAGGAGAAGUAUCACUUGAUCACCCGAAAUUUGCAGGUACUUCUGUAGGAAUGGUUGAAAAUGAGGCUUAAAAAAAAAUAUUCCACAUAUGGGUGCAAAAGUAGUUUGAAUAAGCAUCAAAGGUUUGCCCCACUCUGUUCUCCAAAAUAAGUUUUUUAUUACCCCCCCCCCAUUAUUUUAUUUUGUUAUAAAUACACAAGGAUUGGGAACAUUUGCUUCCUAAAAUAAGCCUUCUUCCACCCCAAAUUAUUCACACUGGGAGCCUCUCCCCUAUGAGAUGCCCUAGCCUCGUAUCUGGAUGGAAUUUCUCUGGGCAGAGAAUUAGAAAUUUCAAAACUUGAGUGCAGUUUGUGUGAAAACAAAGCUUUGGGCUAGGCACAACACUAAGAUUUCUAGGGGACAGUCUUCUGGUGCUUGGUGCCUCCCCAUUGACACACUAGGCAUAUACAAAUACAAAGCUACAUCUGAGUUACUACAAAUUAGGAAUUCUGACAGCUGUGUGGGUUGGAGGACUUUUUGCUGUUGAUAAAGGGGUCUGAAUCCCAUAGCAUAUCAUCCAGCCAUCUUUGAGUAGAUCUUGAUUUGCCACAGUACCUUAUUCCUAAUCCAGAUUUUUUACAUUGUACCUUGUUGACUCAGAUGUCUGGUAACUAAGGCUGAGCAAUUUCUGGUUUUCAACAUCAUAAUAUAUCACGAUUUCUGAAAUAAGGAUGGAGCUAUUUAGAGGCAUUGGUUGACUUCAUGGCUUCUCCCACAUUGUGAUUUUUUGCAUAGCACACACAUCAUGAUUCAUGAUAUAUUGUCAGAUCAAAAAUUAUGAAACCGAUACCACAAUAUGGACUUCAAUCCAGUUUGGGACAAUAUAUUGAUAUAUCACCCAGCCCUACUGGUAACCUGAAAAUUCUGGAUGAUUCAUAGGUCCCAUGUACAAAUAAGGUUUUCCAUCAAAUCACAGACGUGCUUGUCUGUGGUAGAAGAACUGGGUUAUUAAUAUCUUACUCCAGUCUUUGGAACAUGUAUGGUAAUGAGGAUUAGAAACCAGAUGUCUUAACUGUUUCCUGUGGUUGUGGAGCUGGGUUGCUGUUUGACCUUAGUUUAUUGCUUUUUCACUUGGGUUUGCCACUUGUGAUGGUAUCUCAUGAGGUUGUAAUGUGUUAGCAAUAGGGCUUUCCCUACAAUUUGCACUGGUGCAUGUCUGCUCAACCUGAGCAUUAAAAGAAAGAGAGGAAUGCAGAACAGGUAAUGGGAAAAGCCUGUCAUUUUGUUAGGUUCAUCUGUAGAAGCAAGCUGUUGAGUCACACAAGACUCACUUUGUGACUACUAAUUGAAAGGACAAACAUUACCCAACCAUACCUGCAAACUUUCCUCUGCUAUAAUGGAUGACUCCCAUAUUUAAGUCACUCAUUGCCCAAAGCAAUGCACCUGCCUCUCCUGAGAGCAAGUGAUUGAAUGACUGUGAUACGCCCAAUGCAGGGUUGGGGGCAGGAUUAUCUGUCCCCAGUAGAGGCUUAUUGGAAGAGGCAAUAUCAGAGAAUAAGCCAUGCCUGCUCUAUUAGUGGAUCCUUCGGGCUCUCAAGAGAAUUUAAUUAUUUAUGUUUCAUGUUCUGCACUUUGAGAAUUGCUGAUCUAGUGCUUUACCUGCCCCCUAUUGUUCAAUGUGAUUUUAUAUUUUUCUACUGUGGGUGUUAUAUUGAUGUUUUGAGUUAUUCUUGUUUUAAUAUAUAUCAUUUAUUAUAUUUUGUAAACCACCCCAGAAUCUGAUAAUAAAAGAUGGAAUAUGAAUGUUUUAAAUAAAAAUAUAUCCCCUUGCAUCGCAGGGUUUUGGCUUCCCUAGCUCUCCCUUCUCACUUGCUUCUUGCUUUUCCAGCUGAUAUGCUGAACACAUCUCUCUUUUGCUUGCAGGAAGUUCUCGGAGAGGAUAAGCUGAAGGCCAUCUUGAAAGAACGGGAGGUGAAGAUAUACUGGGGGACAGCAACGACGGGCAAGCCUCAUAUAGCCUAUUUUGUACCCAUGACCAAAAUAGCGGACUUCCUCAAGGCUGGAUGUGAGGUGAGACUGGGCUCUGCUUUACAUUUGGUCUAUUGGCUGCUUUCAAGUAGCAAUGGGGCAGUCAUCCUAGUGGGGAGGAUCUGCUGCCUUUCAAAGACCUCUGGAAGGCAAUUUUCCCCUGAACGCCAUUCAUGCCUUCUCCAACCUGGCACCCAGCCAGCAUAGCUGAAUUAUGUUGGAGUUGAUGGGAGUUGUAGUCCAAAGUAUUUGGACAGCUCUGGAUUGGGGAUGGCAUAUCUAGGUCUGCAGGCAUUUGGUCUGAGCACCUGUUGGUUCUCAAAGUGCAUAUAGAGGAAGGGUUAGGGUUAAGGCCAAGGCACUCCUGCUUGAUAUGCCCCUUCUCUCUCAGGUGACAAUUCUGUUUGCUGACCUCCAUGGAUACCUCGACAAUAUGAAGGCACCAUGGGAGCUUCUGGAACUGCGCACCCAAUAUUAUGAGAACGUGAUCAAGGCAAUGCUGGAGAGCAUAGGUGUGCCUCUGGAAAAGCUCAAGUUCAUCCGGGGGACUGACUAUCAGCUUAGCAAGUAAGUUUGUCUUGAGGCAGUGUUGGAGCUGCAGAACAACAAAUGGGAACUUCAUUGGUCAGAGGGAUUAGCACCUGUAAGAACUCCCCAGGUGGUUUUAAAGUUUUCAUUGAGAAAAGUUCCUAAACCUGCUAAGGUUUAAUUGGAUGCCAAUUGGAUGAUUUGGAAGGGGAGAUUUGCCAGAGUCCCAUAGGUGGCAUAGGAGAAACUGAAGGUGCUGCACAUUCUCUUUUAAAAUGCCACAUGUCUGCUGAUUCUCUGAGCUCAUCAAGAGAAGCCCCGCUGCAUAUCCCACCACUAUGUGGGGCUUAUUUGGUGCCUUCUCUGUUGUGCUGUCUAGGAUUAGGAAUGCCUUUCCCAGGAAAUCCUCCAUCUUGAUAUUUAGCUCUAGACUGAAUAUUUUAUUUGUCUGGCAGUCCUUUGGCCAGUUUAAUGUUGGGAUUUGGAUGUAAAGCUAAGCUUAGUAUUACGUUCAUCAGCAUUGGGCUUGUGUGGUCCCCACUCCUCUGGCACAGCCGCAAGGUGAAGAUGGAGAGCUUUUGCUUCAGUUUUCAACUAACUGCCGUAGUUAAGGCUAACCACAGUCUGACUGGGUUCAGGCAUAAACUGUUCAGGUUAGUUAAAACAAAAUGAGAUUGUGGAAGCUCCCAAAGGGCCUCUGCAUACUGAGUGAAUGGGCAGCAGAACGUCCAAUGCAGUUCGGUUCAAACUGGAGUAAAGUGAUACACGUUGGGGCAAAGAAAUAUUCAUUUCAUGUAUGACACAUGAUGCCAACCCAGCUGUGAAAAAGCUGUGAAAUUCCAUGCUAGGGAUCAUUAUGAAGGGAACUGAAAACAAAACUGCCAAUAGCAUAAUGCAAUUAUACAAAUCUACGGUGUGGCCACAUUUGGAAUAAUGUGUGCCAUUCUCAUUGUCUCACCUCAUAAAGGAUAUUGUAGGGUUAGAAAACUUUCAGAAAAUAAUCAGGGUGACUCCCCUGUGAAGAAAAGUUGUGCCAGUAAAAGGAGACGGCAUAGAGACAUAUAAAAUUAUGCAUAAACGAGAGAGAUGCAUAGAGAUUUAUUUUCCCCAUCUCCAUUGUCGCCUCAUCUGCACAGGGUGGGUAGAGGAGAGACAGAGACCAGAUUCUCUCCCACAAGAGGCAGUCAGAGCUACCAACUUGAUUAGUUUUAGGAGAGGACUGGACACAUUCAUGGAAGAGAAGACUGUCAGUGACUACUAACCCUGAUGGCUGUGUUCUGCCCCCACUGUCGGAGGCAGCAUACCCCCUGAAUGCCAGUUGCUGGGAAACAUACACAGUGUUGCUGUUCUCAGGUCCCUCUUCUGGGCUCCCCACUGGGGCCUCCGUCUGGUCACUGUGAGAACAGGAAGCUGGACUAGAUGGGCCCCCUUCGUCCCGAUCCAGCAGCCAACCUCACAUGUCCUUAACAUUACAUCUGAUCCACCUGCAAAUAGUAAGGCUCCUAACCUUGUAGUUCUCGAAAGGGAAGGACAUUUCACCACACUUCCUGCCUUUUCUAUUUAGAGAAUACACGCUGGAUGUUUACCGCCUGUCCUCUGUCGUCACCCAACAUGAUGCCAAGAAAGCCGGGGCAGAAGUGGUCAAGCAGGUGGAGCAUCCGUUACUCAGUGGCCUCCUCUAUCCAGGAUUGCAGGUACCUGUUUAACGUCAUCAUGGAGGAGGCAGGGGGAAGAGAUGUGGGCUUCUUUUGCUCUUGGCUACCAUAGCUCAAGGGAAAUGGGUGGGGCUAUGGGUUAAACCACAGAGCCUAGGGCUUGCUGAUCAGAAGGUUGGCAGUUCGAAUCCCCACAACGGGGUGAGCUCCCAUUGUUUGGUCCCUGCUCCUGCCAACCUAGCAGUUUGAAAGCACGUCAAAGUGCAAGUAGAUAAAUAGGUAAGGCAGGAAGGUAAGCGGCAUUUCCGUGCGCUGCUCUGGUUCGCCAGAAGCGGCUUAGUCAUGCUGGCCACAUGGCCCGGAAGCUGUACGCCGGCUCCCUUGAUCAAUAAAGCAAGAUGAGCGCCACAACCCCAGAGUCGUCCACGACUGGACCUAACGGUCAGGGGUCCCUUUACCUACCAAAGUUCAGAAUGAAUAUCCUCACAUGCCCAAGGCCAUACAGUGGUACCUUGGUUUACGAACUUAAUCCAUUCCAGAAGUCCGUUCUUAAACCAAGGCAUGCUUUCCCAUAGCAGCAGGGGACUCAAUUUAAAAAUGGAACACACUCAACAGGAAGUGAAACAUGUUCUGCUUCAAAGGCAAAGUUCACAAACCAAAACACCUACUUCUGGAUUUGCAGCAUUCUUAAUCCAAGUUGUUCAUAAUCUAAGCUGUUCUUAACCAAGAUACCACUGCAUGUGUGUUUCCAUAAGUGCUAUUCUUCCAUAAGUGCUAUUCUUCCACUUAUGAAAAGGGAUGGGUAGGAAGAAAGUAAAAGAUCCAGUAAGUAUGGAUGGUUCUAUUUGUGGAGACACCAUGCCUCGUGAGGGUUGGGAUGCACCUGUUUGGUGGCAGGUAUUUUUAUGAACAUAGUUCUGAAGUCUCUUGAUAUGUGAAGUAUCAAUUUGCCAAGAUCAAUAUGCUUCAGGAACAGACUAGUGGAGGACCUAAGAGGAUGCCAGGUGCUUGCUUCACUCAGCCUGAAGCCUGUGGAAUAAAAUCCUAAUCUGGGAAGUGGGUUGUGCUUGGACCAGAGGUGGAAUUCUUGUUUUCUUCACAGUUUGUCUCUGGCUCCCUCAGCCACAAGUGAUGCUAGUGCCCCGGGGUAUCCCUGGGGCAGGAAAGAAGCAACCAGUCUGCCCAAACCAGUGGGGUCUGCAGGGAGUUAUUUAUGCUUGUGUGUCCCCACAGGCACUGGAUGAAGAGUACCUCAAAGUUGAUGCGCAGUUUGGAGGAGUGGAUCAGAGGAAAAUCUUCACUUUUGCAGAGAAGGUGAGAAGAAUGAGACACUUGCCUGGCUGCCUCUUCGGAGCGCUGUGCGAUUGGUGUUGAAGGCCCCUGGAUGGUUCAGCUAGCUAAACCUGUGUUCCCUUUGAUCACAUGCUGCACCCCCAGGGUAAGCUAGACAUGGAUAUUUUGGGUCUUGAGGUGGAAAAUGCAAAAGGCACCUCCUUUCUCUCCCUGUUUCCCCCUGGCUGGUUAACAUGGGGGCAGAACCUACUAGGAUAUGGAAAAUGUGCUGUGUCAGAAUACAGUGUAAACUGCAGUCCACAGAGAAGGUAUUGGGUUUCAGGGAGGCAGAUAAUACACUUGAACAUCCCACUUUCCCUCCAUCUUCAGCCUUUGUUUUAAAUCCCUGUAUGUUUGUUUCUCUCUAGUACCUCCCCUCCUUGGGCUAUGCCAAGCGCAUCCACCUGAUGAACCCCAUGGUGCCAGGACUGACAGGCAGCAAGAUGAGUUCUUCAGAAGAGGUGGGUUCUUCAGCUUGACUCUUGCCCCUAGCAGCCAAAUCCUGCAAGGAGGAGUUCUUAAAAUGUGCAGGGAUGCCUUGCCGACAGUCCCCAUUGGCAGGGUUCUUUUUCUUUUUUCUACUCUUUGAAAUACUUCAGCAUUACAGAAAGGAAAAAGGAAAUAGGAUAACUCAUCCGAAAGCAAUAUUCUACCUCUGGUAGUAAAAGAUUCAAUUUGAAAAUUAAGUAACUGGUGACCAGUUCAUCAUAAAGAGAUCCUAAAGCACCACCUAAGUUAUUUCCUACUUGGCAGUUUUGAGCAUCACACUCUGGUUGGGAGCCCGGGGGUUAAGAGGGGUGGGGAGGGAGCAGCAGGCAUCUGUGUUGAGGAUGCCCUGCUUGAGAAAAAACUAGGAACAGGGUGGUGAUACAAUGACUACUACAAUCCAUGCAAAAUAAUAUCACCAAGGCAGCUAUCUGUAAACAAUAAACGUCCAUAAAAAUGACAAAAGUAGUUUCUUAUCUUAAACAAUAGCAGACACAGUAAAUAAAGCGUUCACUUGUAAUAUAUCUGUGGUUCAGUGCUCAUUUCCUCUCUUUCCAAAAUAUAUUUUAUCUUGAACAAUUACAAAAGCAGUAAUAAAGAGUCCACUUGUGAUAUACCAGUGGUUCAGUGCUCAGACGUCAUUCCGGUAAUCCGACGUUUCAUUGCUAAAGAGCAUAGUCAUCGAGCUGUCAAAAUCAAUUGUAACAGAAUUGCACUGAAUUAUCUAGUGUCAAUUGAGAAAAAACUAGAACACAAUAUUCCAAGGUGAUGUUCACGCUUCAUGGUUUUCGCAAAUCCGUCUUUGCCGCCUUGGUGCCUUCUGCUCUUAGAUGCUUGGGACUACAAUUCCCAUCAGCCCCAGCCAGCACAAAGAUGAUGUCUGAAGCAUCUGGAGGGCACCAGAUUGGUGAGGUCUGUUGCGUUUAUGUAAAAAUGGAAAGUCUGCUGGUCAGUUAAUCCAGUUAAAUCCUUUAACUCAAAAGGAUUUGCUCUAGCAGAUAGGUGGGCUAAAAGUUGUAGCUGUGGUCCCAGGCUCUUUCCAUCUCAAGAUGAUUCCUCCGUCUGUGAAAAACUGACUAGUCCCAGUUCACUUCUGUGGCCUGCUGUGCCUGGGAGCUAAUUCAUGGCGCAUCCCCUCCCUCCCCUCAUCCAGGAGUCCAAGAUUGAUCUCUUGGAUCGAAAGGAGGAUGUGAAGAAGAAGCUCAAGAAGGCCUUUUGUGAGCCAGGGAAUGUAGAGAACAAUGGGGUCUUGUCCUUCAUCAAGCAUGUGCUCUUCCCACUCAGAUCAGGUAAGUGUCUCCAAACAGCAAAAAGGGGGAGGAGCUAGGGGAUUUUAUUAUGGGGAGUAGCAGGCAACCUGAUUGGCUGAAAGGCCAAUCUAGAGGUGAAGAGCUGGGUCACAUCCCUUCAUCUUCCACCUGUGUCCCCUCCCUGCUUACCUGAAGCCCCAAGUAUGUAGCAGAGCCUGAAUAUUAGGGCAUGUCAUUUUAGGGGGUGAAACUGGUUGGUUUUUUUUCAAAUUUCUUCAAUGAGGGGUCAUAAAACUAUGUUCUUGGUAUGAGGAAUUAGAAUCUACCGUAUUUUUCGGCCUAUAGGACACACUUUUUCCCAUUCAAAAAUGAAGGGGAAAUGUGUGUGCGUCCUAUGGGGCGAAUACAGGCUUUCGCUGAAGCCUGGAAAGCGAGAGGGGUCGGUGCGCACUGACCCCUCUCGCUCUCCAGGCUUCACGAAGCCCUGCGCGGGCUCCGGAGGGUUGCUCAGAACUGCCUGCACUCCCGGGCGGCGCGCAGCUCUGCGCAACCUUCGGGAGCCCGGCGCGGCUUUGCUCCGGGCUCCAGAGGGGCGCGCAGAGCUGCCUGCACUCCGAAGCCUGGGGCGCGCUGAAGAGCGCUCCUGGGCUUCGCGCAGCUCUCCGCAAGCCUGGGGAGACCGGCGCAGCUCCCUAGGCUUGCGGAUAGCAGGCUGUUCUGGGGGCUGGGGUCGGGGGAAGCUCGGGCUUCCCCCGCACCAGCCCCGUGCCUGUGGGGGAAAUAAUUUUUUUUUCUUUAUUCCCCCCCCCCCCCAAAAAAAACUAGGUGCGUCCUAUGGGGCGGUGCGUCCUAUGGGGUGAAAAAUACGGUAUUCUUUUUCGCUUGGUAAGUCUACAUUUGACGAUGAAGCACAUAAACUGUUUUUGGAAAAUCAAAUUAUUUUAAUUUUGCCUUCUGAAAACAUCAGGUAAUGCUUAAUAUUAAUAACAGCAAGUAGAUUGGCCAUCAUUUUUAAUGAUUUCUAUGCAAUUUUACACACAUUUUACAUACCAGGCAAAACUAAAUUCUAUUCAUUUAACCAAAAUAUCUUUUGAAUUCUCAAGUCAUGUUACAACAUUUUAGCACCCUUCCUUUUUGGAAUUUGAAAGUUGAAAAAUUCAGCAUCCCCUGCUGGUUACGUCUGACGGUUUCGCUUCUCUAAUGGGUGGGAUGGAAAGGCUCCCUUUUAAUCACUAAAAGGGCAUUUUAGUGGCACCAUGGAGGGUCUGUGUGGUGCUUGAAUGCAGGCCAGUUCCUUUCCUGUGAAGGGAAGCCGUAGCAUCACAGAGCUGGAGGGACCCUGGAUGCCAGCUGGUCCAUCCCUUGCUCCAUACCAGAAUGUCCAAGCUAGGCAGACGGCCUCUGUCUGAAGACCUCUUGGCCAGGGAAAUCCACCCAUCCCUCUAGCUCUUUGGCUCCAUUCUCAAAAUGCUCUUUAUCCUAGCAUGCUACCCAAACCCUCCCCUCCUGCAACAUGAGCUCUGGCUUCUGGGCAGCAGCAAAGAACAAACCUUUGCCUCUGCUCUGCAUGUGUGUGAGAAAUACAUCAUAGGUGUUUGAAAGGGCUGUCGCAUCCCCACUCAAAUCUCCUCCAGGCUAAACAUGCCCAGGGUUUUUUUGCCCUUUCCUUGUAGGGCUUGUCUUCCCUGCCCAUGACCAUCGUCCCUGCCCCCCUAACAGCCCAUACCAAUUUGUUCUGCUGAACAUGCAUCAUCCAGAACUGGAACGUACAUGAGGGUGACCAGUCCAGCCUGACAUUCGGGGCCUCAUACCCUUUCUAGACCCACUUAUAUUUGGGAGUAAGUCAGCCAGACAGAGGAUCCAUCUACUUCGCCAUCAGCUCCAUUGAAAUACUUUUUGUGGGCAUGUGCUCAAGGAAGAACAGGGAUUUACCUAGCUGCUGCUAGGGGGGAGGGCAGGGAAGGGAACAUGAUGUCCUUGGUCUUGGCCUCCUUCGUCGUCAUCAGUGUGUCCCCUGCAACCUGAAGGACUUUGAAGCUUUUUGAAAAACUGACAUUUUGAGGACCUUGGAUACUAACCCCCCACAUCUGCAGUGUUGUUGUGACUCCUCAAAUGUACACCACUCUGUUAACUUCAAAUCUUUCUUUUUCCCUGCUGCAGAGUUUGUGAUUCUUCGAGAUGAGAAGUGGGGAGGGAAUAAAACUUACACCCACUACGGAGACCUCGAGAAAGACUUUGCUGACCAGGUGACACACUGGGAUGCGGGUGGGGUAGGGAGGUGGCCAGCUGCCGGGGGGGGGGCUCCUGGGGUCCUUGCUGUUGGUUUGUAUGUGGGAAGCACCUCCUCAUGGAACAGCUCUGCUGAACUUGCAUGAAGGGCUUGGGCUAUCCUGCCAGGCAGAUUCUGAGACCUGGCAGCAGUUGUGUGUUGGUGGUGGGAGACCCCGACCUUUUGCUCUGCAUGCCCACCCGGGGGGUUGCAUCAGAGGCCCGUGAGGGGAAGCUGAGUCACAGGGAGGGGCUCUAGACUGACAAAGAAUUGUGUUGCACAUCCCCUAAAGUAACAACUCUGCAGUCGUAAUGAAUUCAAACCAGACAUUCUCACAGAAUUUGCAUAGGUCGGAUGUACAGAAACAUUGCUGUUCUGCAUAAAUCAGACUCUCUGCCUCUUUUAAUUUCUGUCUUACCAACUGAGCAAUAUGUGGAAUGUUUUUCCCAUGAAGCCCCAUUGGCUUUCAUUUUACACCACUCUCAUCCAUUCUGCUGGGUCCUGCCCACCAGAUUGUGCUUUGGGAUUUGCACCCACUGUUCGGAACGGCGCAGGGGACUGGUGGGAACCCUCUAGGGAGAGUAGGACUAACUGGGUCUCCAUCUUCCUCCGUGGGUGCAGGUUGUCCACCCUGGGGACUUGAAGAACUCUGUGGAGGUGGCCUUGAACAAGCUCCUUGAGCCCAUCAGAGAAAAGUUCAGCAGCUCACAAAUGAAGAAACUGGCCAGCUCUGCGUAUCCUGAUCCAUCCAAAGCAAGUAAGGGCUGAAAGGCAUCUGCCGUUGGUCCAUCUAGUUCAGUACUGUUGACCCUGGCUAGCAGAGGUUCUCCGGGGUUUUAAGCAGGGGCUGGCAUUCCCAGCCCUCCCUGGAGGAGAUGCUGCUUGGGAUUGAACCUGGGAUCUUCUGCAUGGAAAGCAGGGGCUCCACCCCUGAGGCUCCAGAGCUUCCCACAGAUGCCCUGGCACUCUCUGAGACCAAGAGCCCUGCAAGUUCUUUUUGGCAGGCUGAUGCAGAUGCUGCUCUGCCCCCACUAGGCCCUGCCCAGGUCUGGAAGAUCUGACUUGCCUCCUUCGCUGUCUGCAAAGCAAGUGGGCCUGCUAAGCGCCUCUCCUGUGGCGUGGCUCGUUCCUGGGUUCACUUUGAUUGGCCAGACCCCCUUGUCUGUCUUGGUCCUUUUUGGCAUAUGCAAACACUGGACGUGAGUCUGAGUUCUCUCUGAAAUAGACUCCUGCUCAGUUACUUGGGUCGUUUGCACCACUCGGUUUCCCAUGCCUUCAUGUUGCUUUAAUUCUCCUCCCCAUCCCACCCUCAUCUCCUCUUGCUCAUGCAAGAGGAUACCAGCAUCUUUUUUAAAAAAUCAAUUUUUAUUGCAAGUUUCCCACAUAAAAUACAAUAAAAGCCAAGCUAAUCUAAAGAGAAAAGAUUUUUAAAAACAAAGAAUAAGAAAGAAAAUAAAGAGGAAAAAGCAAAUAAAAAGCCCUCUGUCACAACUGGAUCCUACCCCAUAUUCUACCCACAAAAGAGUGAACCCUCCCAGCUCCGACCUGGGAGCUUGCCCCUCUUCUCCCAGCCUCCUACACCAGGAAGAUCCUCUCUACCCUGCUUUUCUCACAGGGCUGUCCAUUUCCCAUCUAUCAGUCUUCUGUCCAACACCGUUUUUGAGGCCUAGUCUUUCCAGGCUGCUGCCAGUCUUUGCAACUGCAGCUCCCCUAAAAACCUCCCUUCCCUUCCCUGUCUGCAGAGCCUUCAGCGAAAGGCCCCAUGAAGAACUCUGACCCGGAGGAAGUGGUGCCAUCUCGGGUGGACCUUCGUGUUGGCAGAGUGCUCAGCGUAGAGAAGGUAAGCCUGCCAGAGGGCUUCCUAGAGGCAAUUGGUUGGCCUCUGGGAGAGCAAGAUACAGGACUAAGCGGGCUCUUCUUGACAGAAGGGUGCUGGCAUCAGGACUCUUGAGAGCGCGUGCAGAGGUCUCCAUCACGCUCCCUGGGCUUCUGUACUGGGCUUGGGGUGCGUGGGAGAUUGUGGGAUGCCUGCAACCCUGGAGGGGGCCAUUCAGCUUUUCACAAAAGGGCUGUGACGCCGCCCUUCUCCCUUUGCAGCAUCCUGAUGCCAACACGCUGUACGUGGAGAAGAUUGAUGUGGGGGAGCCUGAGCCGCGGACGGUGGUCAGUGGGCUGGUGGAGCACGUGCCCAAAGAGGAGCUGCAGGACAGGCUGGUGGUCUUGGUGUGCAACCUGAAGCCUCAGAAGAUGCGGGGACUGGAGUCCCAGGCCAUGCUGCUCUGCGCUUGCAGGUGUGUGCAGUGGACAGUAGGGCAGGCAGACUUUGGCUCAUGCAGAGGGGGCUGCAAAUGGAUCAACGUUCCACUUACUGGGGGCAUAAGCAGGCAUUAGUUAUCCCUUGGCUAUGUUUUCCUGUUAGGCGAAGCAAGAGGCCGACUGAAGCCUGCUUGCCGCUAACAUGAUUAUCCUCUUCUUCCAGUGCUGGGGAGCCCUGCCAAAUAGAGCCCCUGGACCCCCCGGCCGGCUCCUGCCCCGGUGAGCGGGUGUUUGUGGAGGGCUACGAAGAAGGCCAGCCUGAUGAGGAGCUGAAACCCAAGAAAAAGGUCUUUGAGAAGCUGCAGGUGAGCAGGGCAGAGGCUCCUCCGAGUGGCAGAUACCUCCAUAUUGGGCAGCUGAGCAACUGUGUGCCCUCCAGGUGUUUUGGGGACUACUACUCCUGUUGGCUCCAACCAGCAUGAGGCACACUGGCUUAAAGCAAAGCCAGACAUUCCUUAGUCCAGGAAUUGCUCUGCAAUCCUAAAUCACCGCCCUUGCAGGAGGGCAGAGUUUCUGCUGCAGGGCAGGUAGAAAAGGCUUCAGAGCUGUGUGCCGUGCCUGCAGAGGGUUGUCUCGUACUAUUAGGGAGCAGCACAGAUUCUGCAAAAAGGGCAAGUCGACCCUGAUCUUCUUAAAUAUGGAGAACUGAGCCUUCCAACUGGUGCAAAAUUUGGGGGCUCUGAUUAACCUAUUCCUGCAACUUCUUUUCAUAAAACAAAACGCUGGUGCCCCAUUAGGCAUUUUUAAACUGGAGAGAGAAUCUAAUACAUUUUUUUAAAUGUAAGAAUAAAAGCAGUCCCAAGCAGUUAAUGAAGGAGUGGCCGGUGUGUUGGUUAGCUUGAUAAUAUAUGGCUGUAGUAUGUGAAUAUUUUAGAAUGAAAAUAACAUUUGCUCAAAAGGAUCAAGGAGGUUGUCACCUCCUCCUCCUCCUCUAAGCUAGUAAGGUCUGGCUUCCCUUGUCCACCAUGUUUAACUAAGGUAGACAAGCCUGUGUGAACCUGGUGCCCUCCAGUUGUUUUAAACUACAAGUUCCCUCAGCUGCCUGGAACUCUUGUAGUCUGGAACAUCUGAAGAGCACCAGGCCAGCCAAAGCCGAUGUCAACAUAGGAGGCUGUUCCUGCUAUUCCUCCUAUUGUAUCAAACAUUUGGUACAUCCUACUCACUAUUGCCUAUACUGGCUGACAGCAGUUCUGCAGGAUUCCUGAUUAGAAGUCUUUUCUGGACCUGCCAGGGAUUGAACCUGGGACCUUCUGCACUGUCAAGUAUUCUGCCACAAAGCUGUGGCCCCUCAGCAUGACAGGACUGGAGAAAUACCCUGCCUGUUCUUUCUCUUCUCAGGCGGACUUCCAGAUUUCUGAGGCUUCUGUGGCCCAGUGGAAGGGGAAGAACUUAAUGACCAAACUGGGGAACCUCACCUGCAAAACUCUGAAAAGUGGCAGCAUCCGCUAGCUGCCUCUGCCUCGCACUUUCAGCUUAUGCGUGCCAGUUAUUGCCCGACAAACAUCCUCCAUACUUACAUUGCACUCCCAGCCAUGAGAUUCCAACCCAGCUGGACCUGACCCAUGAAAAAAUUGACAUGGCUUCCAUCUUUUGACAUGGACAGAAUGGGGAAGGGCACCUAGAAGCAGGUGGCCAGUGCAAUGAGGCCCUCUCUCCAGGCACGUCUUAUUUAUAAUGAGGAGAAAAGAGCCAAUGGCCUCGUCCUUCUGACAGUGAUGGAAACCUCUCCAGAUGUUGUAGGAGAAAAAGGAAAUGCUGCUGGCACAGAUCUGCCCUCUUAUGAUGGGUUGGUCCACAUGCCUUCCAGGAUGUUUGUCAUACUCUGCUUAAAACAGAAGGUCUAUGAUGUUGAGCUCGGACUCAGGCUGGCAAAAUUUGGACAGGAUCUCUUACCAGAUUGGCAACGGUUAGGUCCAUCAGGCAUAAACACUGAAUUCCAAAUCAUCUGUCAUUUCCCCAAAUAAAAUGGUCACACCAUGUGGUUCCUGGUGCUUUUCUGUGGUAGCAGGUGCAUUCAGCCCAAGAUGACUUGCUUUCUAACAUGCUUGGUAACGGAUCAAAUAGUUCAUUUUUCACAGGGAAAUGGCACAAGGUGAUAAAUACCCCAUGUAGUUGUAGUUAAACUGGUUGUUUAACUAGCAGAGGGAUGGGCAUGUUUUAUAGCUAAGAGUCUUGUAGUACUUUAAGUCGGACUCCCCCAUCCUGGUGCCUCUAGAUGUUUUGGACGAUUUUGAUUGGGCUGAUGGAUGUUGUAGGUUAGAAUAUCUGCAGGUUACCAGGUUGGCAAAGGCAGAUAGCGUGUGUGAGAGAGAGACGUGAGGAGCUGGAGUAGCUGCCAUAAAAAGCAAACCAGGAACACUUUUUUCCUGGUAGAAGUGUCCAAACUCAAGGCCAUCUGUCUCUACCUUUUACCAUGAAUCUAUCUGCACAAGGAGAACAUUUUGUGCAUGUAGGUUAUAGAAGCUGAUGUAGGGAUAUCGCGGAGUGGGGAGUGGGGUCCGGAGGGAGCACACUUCCCCACCAGCAGGCAGCCACAAUCUGCCUGCAUGCGUGACCUUGGGGUGCAGGGAAACCCCCCCCCCCAGACAAGCCACAGCUGUCUGGUACAUCGUUCCACCCAUGUCUGACCUUUUGCGGUCUCAGAGUCAGCGGUGUCCUGUCUGUAAGUUUUUCCCUGAGACCUUUUGUCUCCUACGUCAUACACUGUGCAAGGGGAAAAUGACGCUGUGGAACAGGUGCCAAAAUAGCUCUGUACCACCCCACGAUUUCGGGACGGAAGAUGUGUAAAGGUCACAGCCCAAAAAUGUAUUUGCCUAGCUUGCAUGUUUGUCUCAAUAAAAGGAGGCUCCACAGGAAUGGUGGUAGCUCGCUCGCUCGCUACAGCCCACCUGUGCGCAGCUCACAUUAUGAUC